CAGUUUUCUUAUCAACCACGACGCGCGUUUUAAUAUUAGCCCACCAACAAAUCUAGCUAUAUAGGGUGCAUUAUAUUAGUGUUUGUGUUGACAAAUCAAGCCAGUCAAUAAUCUUAAAUCAAGAGAAAGAGACCGUGACCUUGAUGAAGCAGCAUUUGGAAAGAAAUAUGAACGAAGGGAAAGCAGAUUUGGAGAAUCAGAAGGAUUGAUUGAGACAAGGGAUUUCAGGAAGGAAUUCAAAGGAGAAGACCUACCAUACUUGGAAGACAACGGCUAACCAGCAUGGAAUACAAAUAGCUCGCUCAGAAUCAAGAAGAACACACUUUUCCAGGAGAUCAAAUUACACAGGAAACGCUAGGGACAUAGCAAGUGUGAUUGAUAGUGAAAAGGGGUUUUAGCAUUGGUUCUGGAGUGAAACAGUGUUAGAGAGAAAGAGUGUUGGAAAACAUAGAAGCUGGAUAGCUUGGGAUUGGGUUUAGUUGAUAGAAAUCUCGAUCAACCAUCCAGGAUUGGUUUGGUUGAUCUCGUGAGGGUAUAACUAUCAUAGAUCAAGAGCAGCACAUCUAGUGAAUCGUUGGAAGUCACAAAUCGUGAUUUUCCAACCGUGGAGUAGUCAAUAUUGGGAUUCAUUUUCUCCCAAUACUGGAAACCACGUAAAAACUGAGCCCGUGUCUUUCAAUUCAGCACUAUAUCGUUUGCUUGGGCAGCUAUUCUUUGUUUUGCAGUGGCAGGGGAGUUAGAGUCUGUUCAAAGAAAUCAGGUCGUUGCGAAGGAAGAAGAAGGCGCUGAACAGGAAAGGUAAAACGAGUCGUUUUGCUAAGAGGUGAGUAAUUCGCAGGCUUAUAAUUUGAGUGGGUCGGUGCAGUUGAGCCCAACACAAGAAAGUAAUCCCUCGGCCUACAAACAUAUACUUGAGUUAAUUUCCAAAUUGUUUUUGAUUCAACAAUCGUCUCUUGUCACCUACACUUGAUCUUCCCGAAAGGGAGUUUAGGGUUCGCAGGAACCAAAUUACGAAUCACGCAAAGGAGGCGUCUCGCGCUCGACGCCUUUAACACGUGGUAUCAGAGCCCCGUUACCAGUUGGAAAGAGUUUCACAACCUCUGGUAGAUUCAAGGAUGGCAUCUGGGUCAGCAAGCAAUGCACCACUGUAUCUCGCAGAUGGGUUCUCUCAUAAUCGACCUCCAAGGUUCGAAGGAGUAAAUUACGGGUAUUGGAAAAACAGGAUGGAGCUGUUUGUCGGAUCUACAGACCCUAAGUUAUGGGCCAGAGUGAUCAAGGGUCCCCAUGAGCUCAAGGACGAUAAAGAGAAAUGGUCAGAUGAAAAUUUCGAGAAGUUUCAGCAAAAUUGUAAGGCGACAAAUUUGAUGUACUGUGCCUUGGGACCAGAGGAGUAUCACAAAGUGGCUGGAUGCAAGACAGCCAAGGAAAUCUGGGACAAGUUGCAGGUCACCUAUGAAGGUACUUCCCAGGUCAAAACUUCUCGUAUAAAUGCACUGAAACAUCAGUUUGAACUGUUCAAAAUGGAGGAAGGAGAGUCGAUUAGGCAGAUGUAUGAAAGGUUUACCAACAUUGUGAAUAGUUUGGAGAAUUUAGGAAAAUCAUAUGAAAGUGGUGAUCUAGUGAGGAAAAUCUUGUGGUGUCUGCCUGAGAAGUGGACUCCAAAAGUAACAGCCAUAGAAGAAGCAAAGAAUCUUGAGACAUUAGCCAUAGACGAGUUGAUUGGGUCACUGGCUACGCACGAAGAGAAAUUGGUAAAGGCAGGACACGAGAAGGAAACCACCGAAAAGGGAAAAAGAGGAGUGGCAUUUAAGGCAACUAGCCUUGUUGAUGAUCCUGAAGAACUCAAGGAAAUGGAAGACGAAGAAUUAGCAUUGUUGAGCAAGCAGAUAAGCAGACUACUUAGAAUUAGAAAAGAAAAGAAACAAGGUGGUUAUGGAACUAAGCCUAGAGAUUUUGACAAAAAUGAUGGAGGGGGUAAAAAGUGUUCAAGGAAGAAACUUCACAAGAGGAGAGCCUAGUUCAGCAACGAAGGGGGUAAGCUCAACAGGGUGUUUUAAGUGUGGCAGAAUGGGGCACAUCAAAGCUUAGUGUCCUCAGCUGAAGAAGGAAAGAGCCUUAGCAGCAACAUGCAGUUGCAGUGAAGAUUAAGACGAAGAAGAUGACGAAGUAACAAUCCACAGAUCAUACAUGGCAGUCGCACAAGUGGAAGAAGAAGAUGAAGAACCUGCUUCUCCUGUAUCCUUGACCCAGGUAAGAUCUGCGCAACUAGAACAAUUAUAUAACUCUGAUGAUGAGUUGUUGGGUGAAAUUAUCAAUGAUAUUCAGACAGAGUUUGAAAAUGUUAAAAACAAAUAUAGUAAAUUGAAGAAGGAAAACAAAGUGAAUCUUGUCAGAUUAACAGAAUUAGAGAAGGAACUAGCAUCUAGUAAAGUUAGAGAGAAUCGGCUCAAUGACAAUUUACUGAAAAUAAAGGUAGAAAAGGAAAAUUUUCAAAAGGAGUGUACAAAACUUAAAAGAGAAUUACAGGAAAAAGGGAGACUUCAUAAUUCUGGAAAAAGAAUAGACAGUAAUCGAGAAAUGGUUGAGUGUUACUAUUGUCAUUCUUAUGGUCACAAAAUUAGGGAUUGCAGAAAAAGACUUAGAUCAGAAACUGUGAAAAACGUGAACUCACAUUGGUCUCAUGGUCUAACUAAACAAGUCUGGGUAGUCAAGUCAGAAAUUGAAAAGAAAAAUGGCACAUCCAAAUGUGGUCAGUUUGAACGAUAUUAUGAUUCAAAAAUCUCAAAUGCACCCAAGAAGAUCUGGGUUUGCAAAACAAAAUGAAUAUUGUGUUUGCAGAGUUGCCUUCAAGUGAGCAUGGAGGUGACUAAAUGGAUUAUGGACAGUGGAUGCUCACAUCAUAUGACAGGUAACAGACACCUCUUCUCAUCUCUUAAACCAGGAAACUAUGGUAAAGUUUACUUUGGUGAUAACAACUCUGCUGAGAUAAUUGGUAAAGGUCAAGUGGGAAUUAGUCCCUGCAUAAGGAAUGUAAUGCUAGUGGAAGGCUUGAAACAUAAUCUAAUAUCCAUAAGUCAGAUGUGUGGGAAGGAUAACAGAAUUAUCUUUGAGUCAAAUUGCUGCUAUGUGGAAAAUGUGAAAAGCAGACAAAUUUUAUUUACAGGAAAAAGGGAUGGGAAAAUAUAUACCAUUGAUCUAAACGACAAGAGUAGUUUUAAUGAGAUGUGUUUGGUUAGCAUGGAAACUAGUGAACAACAAGACUGGCACAGGAGACUUGGUCAUGUUAAUGUUGCUGUCCUUUCCAAAUUGGCCAAAAUGAAUCUAGUUAAGGGUUUGCCAAGAAUCAACGAGAAGAAGGAUUUCUUCUGUGAUGCUUGUGCUCAAGGAAAACAAACCAAGUCUAGCUUUAAAAGCAAAACAGUCUUGUCCACAUCUAGAGUUCUAGAACUACUGCAUCUUGAUCUUUUUGGUCUUGCAAAUGUUGUUAGCUAUGGUGGGAAGUCGUAUGCAUUUGUCAUCGUGGAUGACUACUCGAGGUUUACAUGGGUGCUAUUUUUGGCUAAGAAAGAUGAAGCUUUUGAGAAAUUUAAAACAUUUAUUAAAAAGGUUGAAAAUGAAAAAUUAAGUCAGAUUGCUAGCAUUAGGAGUGACCAUGGGGGGAAUUAUGUUCUGAUAUGUUUGAACAACUGUGUAAUGACUCAGGAAUCACCCAUAAUUUCUCUGCUCCAAGAACUCCUCAACAAAAUGGAGUAGUGGAACGAAAAAAUAGAACCUUAAUUAAUAUUGCUCGUACCAUGCUUCAUGACUACAAUCUACCUAAGUAUUUUUGGGCAGAGGCAGUUAAUACAACAUGUUACGUAACCAAUCGAGCACUAAUUAGAUCAAACUUAAAUAAAACUCCUCAUGAAAUUUGGAGAGGAAGAAAGCCUAACUUAGGAUACCUUCAUCCUUUUGGGUGUAAGUGUUAUGCCUUGAACACGAAAGAUAAUCUAGGGAAAUUUGAUGCUAGGUCUGAUGAGUCAGUAUUUUUGGGUACUCAAACUCUAGUAAGGCCUACAGAAUCUUUAACAAGCGGACCCUCAGGGUUGAGGAGUCCGCCAACGUGAUAUUUGAUGAGGGUGUUGUUGAGUGUCCAGAUGUUUUUUAUGACAAUGAGGACUUUGGACUUGGAAGAAGUAUUACUCAAAGUAAAACAGGAACAGCAGAAGAAACUCAAGGCAGAGCUACAAAGCAGCCUUCUUCGGAUGAAAAGGAAGUGUCAUCCUCAGAUCAGCCAAAUGAAACAGAGAACGACAUGAAGGAUGGAUCUGAGGGAACUUCAAUACAAACCCCUCCUCAUAUAGUCAAGCGACAUCCUCCCAGCCAGAUUAUUGGAGGAUUAGACCAAGGUAUGACAACUCGAUCAAGAACUUUACCUUCUUUAGCAGCUUUUGUGUCGUUAAUCGAACCUAAGAAUAUAGAAGAAGCUCUUCAGGAUGAAUUCUGGACAGCUUCAAUAUUUGAAGAAAUGAACCAGUUUGAACGUGCAAAUGUAUGGGAAUUGGUACCUAAACCUGAAAAUAGAGUUAUAAUUGGAACAAAAUGGAUUUAUAAGAACAAGUCAGAUGAGAUAGGUACUGUGAUUAGAAACAAAUCUCGAUUAGUGGCACAAGGAUACUGUCAGGAAGAGGGAAUAGACUUCGAGGAGACAU